UACACAGAUGGCUCAGUGUUGUUGACUCAUGGAGGGACUGAAAUGGGACAAGGACUUCACACCAAGAUGGUCCAGGUUGCUAGCAGGGUUCUUGGUAUCCCCUCCUCUAAGAUCCACAUAUCAGAGACCAGCACCAACACAGUCCCCAACACCAGUGCAACUGCUGCCUCUGUGUCCUCAGACCUCAAUGGUGCUGCCCUGAAGAAUGCCUGCGAGAUCCUACUGAAACGUCUAGAACCAUACAAGGCCAAGAACCCCAAUGGAUCAUGGGAGGACUGGGUGAAAGCUGCUUACUUUGACAGAGUCAACCUCAGUGCAAAUGGUUUUUAUAAGACUCCAGAUAUUGGCUACAACUUUGAAACAAACUCAGGCAGAGCCUUCAGCUAUUUCUCCUAUGGAGUGGCCUGUUCAGAGGUGGAGAUAGACUGCCUAACAGGAGCUCACAAGAACUUGAGUACCACAAUAGUGAUGGAUGUUGGUAACAGCCUCAAUCCAGCUAUUGAUAUCGGACAGGUUGAGGGGGCAUUCAUGCAGGGUCUGGGUCUCUUCACCCUGGAAGAGCUUCAUUAUUCACCUCAGGGAGUCCUCCUCACUCGGGGUCCUGGUUCUUAUAAGAUCCCAGCUUUUGGCGACAUUCCUGCUGAGCUUACAGUCUCGCUGCUCCGUGAUGCUCCUAAUGACAAGGCCAUCUUUGCCUCCAAGGCUGUGGGUGAGCCUCCUCUCUUCUUGGCGUCUUCAGUUUUCUAUGCCAUCAAAGACGCCAUUAGUGCUGCCCGGGCAGAGUCGGGGCUCACCGGGCCAUUCAGACUGGACAGCCCCGCUUCGGCCGAGAGGAUCCGCAAUGCCUGCAGCGACCGCUUCACUAAACUGUGUCCUCCAGCUGAAGCGGGAACCUUCACCCCCUGGUCUGUUCAGGUGUAGGACGCUCCACUGAUGAUCACGCACAAAACCUCAAGAACACAUUUAGUCACAUUAAGUAAUGCCUGUUACCAGAAAAGCUGCUGAAGGACUGAAUAUCAGCUAAUGAUUUACUUUUAUGGGCUAUCCCUAAUCAUUGAUCAGAAGUUAAUAGGAACAAAUGAUUUGCUGCACUUUCACUUGAGUAUUCCAGUAAUUCUGUAAACUCAUGAAUUAAAGGGGAGCUGUUCUGCCUUUCCUUAUGUUCAGUCAGUAUAUAAUAGCAUUGCAGUGUUACAGAGCUAACUUUGGAUGAUCAUAGACUUUGUUAUUCAGAGAUCUCAUACAGACACAGCUCACUCACCAAGUACAGGCAGCGCAGUUCAUAAGUAAGGGGUGCUGCCCCUCUGCAGGCUUCCAGAGGUUGGCCAAUUAUUAGUGUGUGUGUAUGUGUGUGCGCCUGUGUGUGUUUGAGCCAGAGGUGACCAUAUUUGAAAUAAGAGGGACGAAUGCUAAGUUAAUAAUUACUAACACUAGCAAGUGUGAGUGUCGAGCUGCAUCCAUAGACUGUAUGGGUGCAUCACACCGAGAUCUGCUCAUUAGUGCUAGGUAACACCCCAAUAACAGACCUGGAAUUAGAGGCCACACCUCUAAUAAUGCAAACUUCAAGCCUUUGUAGAAACAGGUGAGCUAUUAAAAAAAAACACUCCCUGUACAGUCAUUAUGAAGGGGGAUUAGCUAUAGAGACAAUACUGUUUUGUAUCAGCCUAUAAACAUGUUCAUGCUGUAAAAAUAGACAUUUUAACAGGUGUGUCUUUGGGGAUGCACUCACUACCAGAGCCUCGAGUGGACAUUAGAGGAACUGCGUGAGUUGGCUGCUUCCUAGUUUCACACAGAUGCCCAGAAUAAGAUAAAUAAGGAUUACUUUGAACUACGAGUCCUAGAAUUUAAAAAAUGUGUAAACGAGCAAAUAGAUCCUCUUUAAUUCUGAUAAUUUUGCUCUAAAGAACUGUUGCUGUA